CUUUUAAUUAAUCUUCCAUUGUAGUUUAAAAUUAACUAAUGGAUGCCACCCAAGAUUUAGAUGCUCUAUAUGAUGAAGAGGUGGAAAAAAAAGAGGUAGGGAAACUUAAAACAGUCAAACACAGACAUUUUCAAGAAACAGAAUUUCCAAUUUAUGAAGGUAUUAAUAUAAUCGGUAGAGAUGAUAGGUCCGACAUUCCAAUAAAAGUUCAGGCCUUAUCUAAAAAACAUGCAUGCAUUGAAGUUACCAAGGAUUCUUUUCUACUUUGUGACCUUGGGAGUAGAAAUAAAACAAGGAAAGAAAAGAUGGUGCUAAAACCUCUUGAAAAAUAUGAAUUGCAGAGUGGAGAUCUGAUAACCUUUGCUGAUGUUACUUGUCAUUUUGAAGUCAAUCAAGAAAAUGAUUCUGAUCCGACUGGUUCAAUGACUGAAUCAGACACAGGCUCUGAAUCAAUGAUACCAGAGGAUGACGAAGUUGAUAUAGGCAAUGCAGAAGAAGAUUUUAGUUUGCGAUUGACAGUGGGUGAUGAUGUCAAGAAAGAUAAGGAAAACUUGAAUGUUUCCGAUCUCUUAAACGAUUCUGACAUACUACUGCCAACACAAAACUAUGUGGAUCAAAAUAGUAGUUUUCACGAGGAGAUGAAACUACUUGGAAAAAAGACAGAGACGGAGGAUGAUUUAUAUGCUGCAGAAACAGAAUCUGAAUCUGAAGGGGAAGGAAAUAAUGAUGUUGUCAAACAAACACCCAUGGGGAAAGAAACAGUCAGCAUCAUAGGGCAGACUCCAGGGUUUAGUUUGAGUCAGCAAAACAAAGGAAACACAGACAAAAUACCAGAAUCACCAGUUGUGUGUCACAUUGACACAGUAACUAAUUCUGAAACUGCCAACUCAGAGUCUUCAAAUCAACCGAAACUCAUUACAAGUAUUAAUAUUGACUCGAAUCCAGUAGUCAAUGAAACAAGUGACGAUCUGUCAUGCACAUUUCAGUCAUCAACUGAUGCACUUGCUGAUACAGUACCAAUUGAAAGGUCUCAAGAUUUCAAGAGUGGAAAAAAGUCCCAGGAAUCAAUUUGUGAUUCUGAUGCACUUGCUGAUACAUUACCAAUUGAAAGGUCUGAAGAUUUUAAGAAUGCAAAAAGGUCCCAGAAAUCUGCUGUUGAUUUAGAUGCAUGCGCUGAUACAGUUUCUAUUGAUGCGUCAAAUUUAGAGGCUGAAAUUCCUCCGCAGCAAAGAACAAUAGGAAGACUUUUGGAGCAGUUGGCUGAUACAGUAGUAAUAGAUAGAGACGUACCAAAUCAGGGUAAAAAAGUUGAUAACAGUGAUGAAGAGGAUGAAAUGCCAUCUACGUAUGUCUUCAAUGACAUUGAAUAUGAAGGUGAAGAUGAAAACAGUGACCGCGAAGAAGAUGGUGAGAAAAGAAUGGAGGAGGAAAAUUUAAAAGAAAAUAAAUUAACUUCUCCCGCUAAGGACAUUGGUAGUUUUGCUGAUAGCUCUCAGGAGAUUCCAUAUUCUGCACACCCUAAGAAACCCUAUGUAACUUCCACUCAGUUGUUGGAGAGUUUUCAAUCAUUUGGAACACCAGAAAGUUCCAUAAACAACACUUCAGCUAAAAUUUUACCUUCAUCAGUGGAGAGUAAUUACACAAGUCAAGCAAAGGAAAAUGAAAAAAUGGUGGUGUGUGACAGUGACGAAGAGUCCACCCAGCCGUAUGAAACUUCUAGUCCUACAAAAGAUGUAUCACCAAACAAAAUUUUCAAAGUUCCCUCAAUCCCAAUUGCCCAUGCGACAACGCUACCAGGUGGUUGUGAAUACUAUGAUGCUACUGAUGCUGGCACGCAUAUGUCAUCCAGUGACGAUGAUGCACCUAAGAAUAAUAAACACAAAGAUGAAGGGAAGAGAAAUGAUGAAGAAGAAACCCAAGCAUAUUCGAGUAAUGAUGUUGAAAAUAAUAUUGAUGAAAAACAUGUUGGUGCAUCGGAUGCUGAUGUGGCGGCCACUGUCCCGUACGAUAUAGACGGUGCUACUCAAGGGUAUUGUAAUGGGGAUGGUCGUGAUGUCUCAAAGGAAAAUAAUGACGUUAAUGACAUAGCAACGCAGGCUUACAAUAUUUUGGAUGUUGAUGAAAUUGCAACACAGGCUUACAAUGAUUUGGAGCCAGAGGUUAAUAUUUUACCUGAUGCUGCUACUCCAGCGUAUUGUGAUAAAAACGGUCUUGAUGUCUCAAAGAAUAAUAUGGAUGAAAAUAAUGAUGUUGAUGAAAUUGCAACACAGGCUUACAAUGUUUUGGAGCCAGAGGUUGAUGUUUUAGAUAGCAACGAUCUAGCAACUCAAGCUUACUGCUUAGAUGUUGAUGAAGAAGCAGAAACUGAGUCUCUUAAAACCCAAGACGGACCACCUAAAGUCGACAAAGCAAACAUCGAUUUCAAGGUCCCAGUACCCAGUCACACUAAAUAUCGCCCUGUGAGGAAUACUUGUAACAACAGAAAAACUGUAAAGUUCAGUAUUGAGGAAGAAACAAGUAAAAUAAUGGAAAAUGAAAGCUCCUCGCAUACUUCCACUAGAAGAAAGAGAACCCCAAAAUCAUCAGUUGGAGAAACAAACAUAAGCAAGAAGACACCUGGUGUUCAAAACCAGGAGAAUAAUGCCGACAAGCAACAAAGUAAAAAUUCUAAUCAACACAGACUAGCAGUUGUGGCUUCUAAGGAAACUAUUGAGCCAUCUUGCAGCGUGGCUGAGACAACUGAUAGAGAAGUAGCUAAUAGGGAAAAUGUAGGGGAGGAGAAACUACCUGCAUCUAAAAGGCCUAGUCGCGCGCGUAACAAGAAAAAAACAAAUUCCAAACAAAAAGACAAUGAGAUUAACUUGUUGACUACCCAAAUUUUGAGAGAAACAGUCGAAGACAGUGCCCUGAAAAACAAUGUAUUAGCAACUUCAUCAACGGAAACUAGUACUUCCCAAACCAAACGUGUAAUAAAAACACGAGCUGCGAAAGAAAAACAACAAAAUUUAUGCCAAGUGGGUAAGAAAGAGGCAAAUAACGAAGAGCUAAAAGAAGAAGUAAAGUUAAAUAAAAACAGAGGUAGUACAAGUAGAAAAACUUCUAGGCUGAAGCAACAACAGCAUACCGGAAAUGAUUCGAAUGUAGAUAAAACUGCAACUGUUGAAAACAAAAACAAUGAAAUUGAAGAAGAUAACUCUAAAUUACCGAAACACAGGCGAAAUGCUAAUAAGCGAACUGUUAAGCAGAAAAUAAAAGAUCCAGACCCGAAGCAACAAGUUUCUGAUACAAAACAAAACGAAACCGACAUCAGCGAUAAUUAUGCAAGCAGAGAUUGUAUGGAACAAUCGAGGGAAAAUAAGCUAACUGAAAAUAGGUGCACUAAGAGGAAUAUUUUGAACAUGUUAGAUGAAGAAAAGAAGAAAAACGAAAGUGAAACUGUAAUUAAUGAAGCAAAUGACGAACUUCCACUAAAAGGAAGGAGUAUAGGAAAACGUAACACGAGAACUACAAGUAACAACAAAAAUAAUAAUAAAAAUGAUAGUGUAAAAGACGAAGAAAAACAGAAUAAUGGAAACGUCGAGAUAGAAACAGAUGUUGUAAAUAUACAGGAAAAAAGAAGUAAAACUCAACACAGUAAGGUUGAUUGUGAAAAAACUAUCAAUGAUUCGAAUGUGGCACACAACACUGGAACGGAGGGUAAAGUACUUAAUAAAAAAAUGACUCAAAGUGAAAAGAAUAGAAACUCAAAUAUUGAUGUCAUGAAGAAAGAAGAACACACUACUAACAUUACUGCUGAAGAAACGUCCCUCAUAAAGAGUUCAAGCAGGAGAAAAAGGAUGGGACAGGCUACAAGUACGUCAGAAGGGAAAAGAGUUCGCACAAGUUCAAAAGAUGUGAAAAAAGAAGAACUUUUAAGUAGCGCAAAUAAAAGGCCAGUGGGUAGUAAGCAGAAUGCUAAAAGCAGUUCAACUUGUCGUUCUGUGGAUGAAAGUUUCAAUGAUAGUUAUUUUGAGAGCCCAAGAAGGCAAUCUUUGUGCACAAAACCUAAAAUUGUUUUUACUGGUAUAAGCGAUAAAACUGUUGAGAAGAUAGUGAAAGAUCUCGGUGGUGAAGUUGUCGACAAUGUGGAGGUUGCAACACACUUAGUAACUGAUAAAGUUCGACGCACUGUGAAGUUUCUCUGUGCUGUUGCUCGUGGUAUACCAGUCGUAAGUUCAGCAUGGUUGAAAUCUUCCAAAACAUCCAAUGUCUUCACAUCUUGUAAGGACCAUAUAUUGAACGAUCAAGCAGCCGAAAGGCAGUACAAAUUCCAGUUAAAAAGGUCACUAAAAAAGUCUUCAGUGUCAUCUCUACUAGAAAACGUACGCAUAUAUGUAACUAAAAAUGUGAAGCCUGAACCGAAGUGUAUGAAAGAGAUGAUUGAAUGCUCAGGUGGGAAGUUUCUUUCGAAAUCACCAAAAGGACCCAGUGAUGACGUCAUAGUUGUUUCAUGUGAUGACGAUGCAAAAGAACAUGAAAAACUGACCAAUCAAGGCUUCUGUGUGUGCACCAACGAAGUUUUAUUGACUGGUAUACUGAGACAAGAAAUUGAUCGUGAUUCAUUUUUAAUAAACAACGAAAGUAAAUUAAAUGAAAGUCAAGAUUCGACGUCAAAGAGAAAACGUCAAACGACAUCCACGACGACGACAAGUAAGCGCCGACGGUGACGAAAGUUGAACAAGUGGUUUUAUUGAAACGUUUUAAACGAGAUUAUAACCUAAACUUUUUUUGUGUGUUUUUAAGCAUCCUGUUUUUUUGUGUUUUUAAGCAUCCUGUUUUUUUGUCAGUAAGAAAGUACAAAGGCUUGAUAUUUUUGUCUGUUUUCUACAAGAACGUGUGAAUUGUUUUAGAUGUUGUAUAUAUAUACACGUUUUUUUAUAAGAAACUAUGCUAUAAGAACGUUGAGGUUAUUUGUUUUAACAAAUUAAGAACAUGUUAAAAAGGGUUCCUUAAAACAACAAAAAACAUGUGAAUCUAGAACUGAUAAAAAAUAAAUAUUACCGAACAGUUUUCCUUCCUUUUUACUAGUAUACUUAAAUCUUUUUAUAAUAAGAUAUUCAUUAUCAUGAGAAUUCUGAACAUGUAUUUGCUUUUUUUCGGAAGAACAGAUUUAAGAAAUUUUGAGACUAAAAAAAGCUAAAUAACAUCAGUACAUCCAGCCUCAACUAAAAUGUAGACGUUCUUAUAAAAAAACGUGUAUUUGUGAAAACUGUACAUAAUAACCGUAGCAAUGUGCUUCAAUGAAGAACUCUUCGCACUACUUUGCAGUACUAUUCUUUAAGAGCUGUACGUCGAAAACGAGUUGAAAUAUUUCUUCUUCAAACUUGGUCGUACAAAAAUUUUGCAAUUUAAAGAAAAACAGAGUGAAUUAUUUUUUGUAGAAAAACCUAGUGAAUUAUUAUUGCGACGGUACAAUGUCAAAAAAAACAAAAAAAACAGCUUUCAAUAUCUUUUUGCAGGCUGGUUUCAACUGACUGAAUCUAUCUGCAGUUUUACGGCGUGAAAAUAUAUUUCUUUGUAGAAUUCUUCUUAAUGUUGUAAAUAUAUUUUAAUUUCAUAAAUAUAACAAUUAACUUGUUCAAAAGUUACUUUUUAGA